UCUCGCCAUUCCUUUCGUCAUCAUGUCUCCACUCACCGUCCUUGUUCUUCUUGCUGCGGUUUGCCUCACCGCCAUGCCUCUUGCCGCAUCGGCUGCAGAUCCGCCACCACCUGUUCCGCUCUUUAUCCUUGCCACCUUCUCGGGCCCGUGCUCAUCGUCGUCAUCAAAGACAUGUGUGGACAUUCCAGGAACUCUCACGUUCCAAGACCGGGCGGGCACGACGGGACAGGGGACGUUCUCGUUCAACGUCGUCUCGUCGCUCAAGCACGACGAGGAGAGUGGGCCGACGACAGCGCCAUUCGAGGGCGUGGUGAACGCGACGUUGGCUGAUGGCUCGGCCUUUGGCGUGGUCUUUACCACCAUUCCGGGCGCGGAUGGCAUCGAUGCACAGGUCCCGUUCAACGCGGUCAUGUACGCCGGCGCCGGCGCCAUCAACGUGGUGACAGGCACGUACGCAGACGACACUGGGGUGGUUACGACCAACAUGCAGGUUGUCUCCGGCCCGUCGUACACCUACGGCGCCGGCGCGCUCUCGAUCGCGCUCUGGCCAAAGGUGUGA